GUGCCUGCAAUGGCCCCUGCUCUCCAAGGCCUGCAGCCCUGCCCAUCAGGCAGGCAGGGACAGGGACAGAGCAGCCCUUGGGGCCGAUGCUGCAGGCUGAGAGCCCUGCAGAGGUGCUCAUGCCCGGUGCCAUUGGCUCUGUCCCCUGCAGCAUGCGUGCUGUGUCACCGCACUGAGGCUGACCCAGACAUCUGCGGGGACAAACUGGAGAAGUUCGGGCUCUGUGCCCACGUGUUCUGCCUGUAUUUUGCCACUCUGCUUCCUCAACGAGGAAGUGAACGUGCUGGACUCAUGGGCUUUCUCCCACGAGAUAUCCUCUUCGAAGUCAGGCGGGCAGCAGAGCAGCACUGUUGUGUCUGUGGUCAGAGUGGGGCCACCAUCUUGUGCUGCGAGGAAAACUGUGGCAAAUGGUUCCACCUGCCCUGUGCCAAGGAGGGCGGCUGUGUCAACCACUACAUCACCCCAUACAGGUCCUUCUGCUCUGAGCAUCGUCCACAUCAGGACGUGCAGGUGACCCCAGCGCCAGGCACCGAAUGCCCCAUCUGCAUGGAGCCUGUGGAGGACAGAAUGUCCUACAGAACAAUGGUGUGCCCAGCGUGCCAAAGGGCCUGGUUCCACAGGGACUGCAUCCAGGGACAGGCCAUGCGCGCUGGUCUGCUAUGCUUCCAGUGCCCCCUGUGCAGAGACAGUGAGGAAUUCGUCGUCCAAAUGAUCAUCAUGGGGAUCCCAGUGCCCUUCAGACUGCCAACAUGGGAGGACAACGACGCCUUUGCAGAUCUAGGAGAGAGGCACAGCCAGUGCAAUGCCAGGGAAUGCCUUUACCCAGGAGGCAGGGAAGAGGCAGAGGAAGAGGGGCCCUGGGAACUGCUCCUAUGCUCCUCCUGUGCUGCUGAGGGCACCCACAGGCGCUGCUCUGGCCUUGGAAACCACAUAGACAGCUGGGAGUGUGACAGCUGUGCUGGUCUCGGCACAGGUAUGAGGCAAAGCACCUGGGUGUCUCUGGUCUGGGGGCAGUGUCCAGGCUGGGCUUGGCAGAGGCUGUCUGCUCCUGGAGGGAUGUGGGCACAGCUCUGGCCUGGCCUGCCUUGGGCCUUGCGGGGCUUCUGACAUUCCUGUGUGCCCUUCCAGCCUCCAGGGAUGAGCCAGAGCUCAAUGGCCCCAG